CCCGGGCCUCAGUCUCCCAUGCGCACCCUCGUCACUGCUGACGUCACACUGCUACCAGCGACCACUGGUAUCAAGAUGGCGCUGCGGCCAGGAUCCGGAGGAGGCGGCAGUUUUAUGUAUCCUGUUGGAGGGGGCUUGGGACCACCACAAGGCCUGGUGCCCAUGCAGCAACAGCAGCAGCAGCAGCAGCAGCAGCAACAACAACAGCAGCAGCAGCAGCAACAGCAGCAACAGCAGCAACAGCAGGGCUUCCCUAUCAUUCCAGUUAUGCAACCUAACAUGCAGGGGAUGAUGGGAAUGAACUUUGGGGGUCAGAUGACCCAAGGAGCCAUGCCUAUGCAGGGCGGGAUGGCAAUUGGGUUGCAGACCCCCGGUAUGCAGUUUUUAGGUCAGCCACAGUUUAUGGGUAUGAGACCUGCUGGACCCCAGUACACUGCUGACAUGCAGAAACAAAUGGCUGAGGAGCACCAAAAGCGUCUGGAGCAGCAGCAGAAGAUGCUGGAGGAAGACAGGAAAAGAAGACAGUUUGAGGAGCAGAAACAGAAGCUGAGGCUGCUCAGCAGUGUCAAACCCAAGACAGGGGAGAAGAGUCGUGAUGAUGCCUUAGAGGCAAUCAAAGGAAACCUCGACGGCUUCAGCAGGGAUGCGAAAAUGCACCCCACUCCAUCAUCACAGACAAAGAAGCCAGACUCAUCGCCAUCACACCCGUCUGUCUCCACUCACUCACUCCCUCCAGCUUUGUCUGAGGACAAUGAUGAGUUUAGUGACUUUCAGGGGCCUUUAGAUACCCCAGCUUCCUUCUCUCCACCCUCCUCUUCAUCCACCUUUGGCCUUUCCUCUCAGGCUCACGUCCAGCCUGCAUCCCCUGCCCCUAAGACAGGUUCCUCUGAGGACGAUGAGUUUAGUGACUUUGUUCAGGGUCCUAUAAACACUAUCCCUUCCUCCAGCGUCCACAUCUCCUCUCAAGAGCAAAUUCAUCCUUCGUUCCCCUCCUCACAAUCCCUCCCUCAGUCCCUCCCUGCCUCUGUGUCCGUUCCCACUGCCUCCCAACACUGUGCUGUCAACACCAGCUCCCAAUCUACAUUUCAAGGCCCGUCCUUGGAAGAGAAGCUAUUCUCCUCAUGUGAUCUUACUGCUGAUAAGAUGGCCCAGGUUAGCUUUAAAUCCAGGCAGAGUUUGGCUGAAAUGGGCACUAGAGCUAAAGUUUCCACCCAGUUUCAAUCCAGCACUAAAGCAAGGAACUGGGCUGUGGCCCCCAAGGACUUGAGUUCUGUCUUCGUCACUGCAAAGGUACCUGAGGCCCCAGUCUCAGCACCCAGCGUGUCUCCAUCAGCUGUCGAUCCUUCCUCCCAAACCAGUAGAGAAAGUGCAGGUGUUGGCGUGUACCCACACCAAGAGCACAUUCAGCCCAUGCUGCCAGCUUGGGCGUACAAUGACAGCCUCGUCCCAGAAAUGUUCAAAAAGAUUCAUGAGUUCACCAUGACCCCAGCAGGGAUAGACACAGCCAAGCUCUACCCGAUAUUAAUGUCAUCAGGUCUUCCGAGGGAAGCACUGGGGCAAAUCUGGGCCUCAGCCAACCGCACAACACCUGGCAUGCUGACCAAGGAGGAGCUUUACACUGUACUUGCACUAAUUGGUGUGGCGCAGAGUGGCCUCCCCGCAAUGAAUGUGGAAAUCCUCAGUCAGUUCCCCUCUCCACCAGUGCCCAAUCUGCCAGCCCUGACUAUGGCCAUGGCCCCUAUUAUGCCCCAGCACCAGCAGCCCAUGAUAACACAGACCCCGGUCUCUAUGACCAUGCCCUCACCAACACCACCGGUCAUGGCCAUGACAUCGGCAGCACCAACUCAUCCGCCCACAAACACUAACUUCAUCGCCAGCUUUCCUCCUGCACAGGCGACCAAGACAGAUGACGAUGACUUCCAGGACUUCCAGGAGGCUCCAAAGGCAGGAGCAAAAGACCAGGCUUUCACUGAGUUCCAGGGGGAGUCGGGAGGAAGUUUCCCCACCACCACAGCACCUCAGCUACAAAGCAGUGCACCUGCCAUGCUGACUCCAGUUUCUGGUUCCUCCUCCGCUUCUGUGACAUCCUCUGAUAAGUAUGCUGUCUUCAAGCAGCUGUCUGUAGAUCAGCCUGCAGAGCCUACAUCCCAUGCCCCAGAUAUCGGAGACAAAUACAGUGUUUUCAGACAGCUUGAGCGACCUGCCGACCAGAAACCAGUUGAAGGAGAAGACCUGAAAUUUGACCCGUUUGGCACGUCGGCCCUCAGCACCCUGACCAGCUAUGACUGGUCAGAAAGGGAGGAAUGUCUGUGUGGUGAGGUCAGAAGACCACAGGUCUUGGAAGGAGCUUCUCUUCCAUCCUUAAGCCCACCACAGAGGAAGGAGCUGACCGUUGGCUGUGUCGAGAACAUCACAAGCAACUCAAUAGCAAAGAUUGCCACCUCCUUCCCUACAGAGGAAGGCUCAUCAACAGAUGACAAGUUUGAACCCUUCGCCGACUUCAGCUCUGGUGACCAUGCUGGUGUUAACGAUGAGGACGACUUUGGGGACUUUGCAAGUACCGUUUCUGAAAAAUCCGACUCGCCCGCUGCCACAGCUGAAACAGGCUCAGAGGGGAACCAGAGUGAAGCCCCAGAUGAGUUUAGUGCCUUCCAGGGCGACAAGCCCAAGUUUGGCAGGUCUGACUUCCUCAAAGCAAGCUCUCAGACCAAGGUCAAGUCCAGUGAGGAGAUGAUCAAGAAUGAGCUGGCAACCUUUGACCUGUCCGUUCAAGGCUCCCACAAACGCAGUCACAGUUUGGGUGAGAAGGAGAUUGGCCGUUCGCCGCCGUCUCCAGCUCCGGAGCAGCACUUCAGAGACCGAUCUAACACCCUGAGCGAGAAGCCCGCCCUGCCCGUCAUCAGGGACAAGUACAAGGACCUGACUGGGGAAGUGGAGGAGAGCGAGCGCUACGCAUACGAGUGGCAGAGGUGUCUGGAAAGUGCUCUGGAGGUCAUCACCAAAGCUAACAACACCCUGAACAGCAUCAGCAGCUCCUCUGUCUGCACCGAGGUCAUCCAGUCUGCUCAGGGAAUGGAGUACCUGCUGGGUGUGGUGGAAGUGUACCGCGUCACCAGGCGUGUGGAGCUGGGCAUCAAAGCGACGGCAGUGAGCUCCGAGAAACUGCAACAGUUGCUGAAGGACAUCAGCCGUGUAUGGAACAACCUCAUGGGCUUCAUGUCGCUGGCCAAGCUCGCUCCUCAUGAAAGCUCCCUAGAUUUCUCCUCCUGUAUUCUGAGGCACGGCAUCAAGAAUGCCAAGGAGUUGGCUUGUGGAGUGUGUCUGCUCAACGUUGAUGCACGCAGCAAGAAUAAAGAAGAAAGCUCUAUUGGACGUCUGUUCAAACGAGCAUUGACUAAAAUCAAUGACAGCAGGUCAAGGGCGUUCAACUCUGAGACGGACAACUUCAGGCUGCUGUACGGGGGCCACCAGUACCACGCCAGCUGUGCCAAUUUCUGGAUUAACUGUGUGGAGCCCAAACCCCCGGGCCUCAUCCUGCCUGACCUGCUCUGAGCUUUAGCUAUGGCUGCCAUGGUAACAAGACACGGGCUAAUCACCAUCAGAUAGGUGGAGAGGGGGGGCGCUCACCUUGGGCAGAAAGCAAAAGGAGGACAUUUAAAGUCACUGGCUCUCUCUGUAUUUAUUGUUUUACAUUCUGAAACCUGCUUUUUGUCACACUUAAGUGAACUUAAGCUGCGUUCACGUCCUCUUUCUAAAUAUUUACCAUCCAUGGUGUUAUUGUUACUCCUUUGCCCUCGCAUCAAAUCACUAUAAACAUGUAGGUAAACUGUAAAACUGAAGGUGGUGUAAGUAAUGAUGCUCUAUCAGAUGAUUUUCACUGCAGCAGAAUAAAUAAUGGUAUUUAUUAGGUGUGCAAUAUGAUGAGAAACACUGGCAGAGGACGUCUGUAAACAUCUUUGGUUUUUAAUGUCACUUGUUGCUUUGCUUCUGUUUGAGAGGAAUUGUAUUCAUGACUCCCUUUAUUCCCUUGGAACCAGAGCUGCUGGACGAUGAUUCUAUUAUCAUGCUUGAAUUACAUUCGUUGGGUCUGUUGUGAUGAAACUCUGUAGCUGUUGUGGUUUUAAUAUCUUCUUGAAAUUCUUCUGCAUUCAAACCAUCUCUGCUGUGCUGGAAGGCAGACGUCUACCUUUUUAUGAUCUGUGUGUUGAAUUAACUGCUUUGAAUGUCUUUUGCACUGUUGGACGGGGUAUUUAAAUUGUAUUUUAUAGGUAUUUGUGAUUCCGGGACUUGAAGGGAACUAUGUUAAUGGCUCAUUUUUUUCUGUCUUAUUGUCGUGUGCAAAACCAACCUGAAAGUCUGGAAAAAAAGUUGACCGUGAUUCUGAACUAAAAUUGCAGCAGCACUUUUUGUAUGUUACAGUUUCAUGCUGUAGCAGUGCAGUGAUGACCAGCUGUAAUGUGAAUGUGAUGUGAAUCAAUCAGUAUGCAUAUGGUUUAAAGUGUCACAGAUUAUUAUGUUGGUCAGAGAGAAUGGGUCAAAAGCUUCAAAACAAACAUCACAUGAAUUUGUGCACAUCAUCAUCUCUCAAUCAUUAAGUGUCAACAUGUUUUUACAGCAUCAAAUUAUUAAUUAAAAAACUUACCAGGAACAUGAACAUGUGAACAAACAUCUGUGAAAUAAAAACUACCUUAAAUUACAGUAACCAUUUUUCAGGAAAAUGAUUUGUUAUUUGACCCAUCUGCUAACAUGGAGGAGGCGAGGUAUAUUACCUAUAUUGCAGCCAGCCACCAGGGGGCAAUCAAGAUGUUUUGGGAGCUGUCAUACAUCAUCCAUCUUUCCGAACAGUCUGUAGGUGAAGGGUGUUACAAGUUGUUUAUUGCAUUUCUUUAAAUGUUGAAUGUUCCAGAAUUACAAAACUAUAAAUAAAUAAAAAUAUGUAUAAU